GGAGAAGUCCAGUCCCACAGGUGAGCUCACCUGUCAGUCCAGCCGAGGGGUGGGCCAUGGGGGCCAGGCUGGGCAAAGGUAGACAGGAAGGGAGAAACCACAGGGAUCGAAGUCUUGACUGGGCCAGAGGCUGUCGUAGCUUUAACCAGUCAGCCCAGACUGGUUAAAGUCAGGGGCCCACCAGUGCCAGGCUGGACUCGGGGCAGAGAGGACGCAAGACCAUGGAGGGGAAGAUGCAGCCCGUGCUGUGGAUGCUCUGUGCAGUCUGGGUGACUGUCCACGCCAUCUCUGUGGAAACCCCAAAGGAUGUUCUUCGGGCUGCUCGGGGAAAGAGCGUUACCCUUCCAUGCACCUACAAAACUUCCUCCCUCAACCGAGAUGGGUUUAUCCAAUGGGACAAGCUUCUAAGGAGUCAUACGGAAACGGUGCUCAUCUGGACAUUUUCGACCCAAACCUACAUCUACGGUGAACUUUAUCAGAACCGCGCCAAUGUAUCAGGCAACGUCCAGCAGUCAGAUGCCUCCAUCACCAUUGACCGGUUGACCAUGGAUGACAACGGCACAUACGAGUGCUCUGUCUCACUGCUGAAGGACCUGGGUGGUGUCUCCAAGUCACGCGUCCGCCUCUUGGUGCUGGUGCCACCCUCCGAGCCAGACUGCAGCAUUGAGGGAGAGACUGUGAUUGGGAGCAACAUCCAGCUGACCUGCCAAUCCAAGGAGGGCUCCCCAGCCCCUCAGUACAGCUGGAAAAGUUAUGAUGUCCUGCACCAGGAGCGUCAAGUCGCACCAGUCACAGGACAGAUCUUCUCUCUGAAGAACAUCUCCACAGAAAUGUCGGGCUACUACAUCUGCACCUCCAGCAAUGAUGUAGGGAUGGAGUCCUGCAACAUCACUGUGGCUGUCAGACCUCCCUCCAUGAAUGUGGCCCUGUAUGCGGGCAUCGCGGGGGGCGUGGCCGCGGCACUCAUCGUCAUCGGCAUCAUCGUCUACUGCUGCUGCUGCCGGGAGACUGGCAAGGCUGAGGAUGCGGACGUCACGCGGCCGAAUCGGGCGGGCUACCAGGAGCCACCAGAGCAGCUGACAGAGCUUUCCAGAAGACAGGAAGAGGAGGGCGAGGCUGACUACAGGAAUGAAGACCAGAGGGGCCCCAGCCGAGAGUCCCUUGACCAGGCUGGCCGAUGACCAGGGCCUGCUGCAGGAGGGGGUCAGGGGGAGCAUUAGGGGGUCAUCCCCCUGCCUCCAUGCCUCCCCUGUCCUUUCCAAGCCCCACUUUUCUGACCCUUGGUCCCAGUCAUUGAUGGGAUGCUUCUUCCCCCAUGUCGGCUGCUGGAGGACUUGGCUUGGCCUGGCCAAGGAGAUCUCACUUGUGACAGCUUGUCAAGGGUGCUCACCUUCGAAGCUGCCCUCCCAUUGCUGCGCCCGGCUCAGGGCCCCACCCUCACCCUGGACUAGGCAGCGGCCUCCACCUCCCCAUGGCGCUCCUGUCCCGCUCCGUGGGGGUGACGCCAGCCUCCGGGGGGCCAGAGUUGCCCUCUCCACCUGAGCGCCUAGCACCCAGGGGAACGACUCCUGGCAGAGGUUUUGUGCACAAUACAUUUUUGUUGAAUGAAUGAAAGAAUAAACGAGUAUGUAAAGGAGUCCCUUCAUUUGUGCAACUUUGGCGCUUUGGACCCACGUUGGCCUCAAGCUCCCUUUCCAGCCGCAUCUCCCGCAACUUUCCUGAACAUUCCAGAUGCUCCCUGCGAGGGCCACCCCAGCUCCCACUGCACACUCCUUCAUGGGGCUUUGCUUUCUCUGUUUGGCUGGGAAUGCCUAUGCAGCUCCCAUCUCUGCCUAUCAAAUCCUACCUGUCCCUCCAGGCCCAUCUCAGAUUCCAGCAAAUUCUAUAACCCCAUCCUAAUCUCCCACACAGAUGGAGACAAUCUUGUUACUUUGUCCCACGCCCAUCAUGGGCCACAUGACACAGUUGUCUGAGCAUGUCUCUCCCCCUGUGUUACAGUGUGAGCUCCAGGGGGCAGGACAUGGGCCUCACUCCCUCUGCUUUCCCCGGAGUCCUUGCAGCCGGCAGCCCUCCUAGCACUCCUAGCGGGUGCUCAAUCCAGUUUAAUUGGGGAAACUGCUUUGGUAGGUUGGGCCUUCCGCUCUCUGGUCUCCCUGAUGGGAUUGUGGACACAAAUGACUCCCACCCAAACCCACUUGCUAGUUUCAUGAUUUAAGUGGGAGAUAAUUUAAAUGAACACACACCCAUGUGAGCACACACAGAGGAGCUAGUUUGCAGCUGGUCCUGGCUUCUCAGAUCAUAGUGAUUCCUCUCAAGACCAGAGUAACUGACGUGUCCACCUCUGUUUCCUGAUACCAAACCCCUGCCCUGACAUUGCCCGUUCCUGACUUGGCUGGGCUGCCGCCUCUGCUUUGCUGGCUGGGCUGUCCUGCUGCCCCUUCCACAGCCUCUCCCCUGUUGGUCGAUUAUUUCUUCUGCUCCUAAGAGCUCAGGCAGUGUCCUGGCUGCUUGGGUCUUGUGACCCAGUGGCUGGUCUUACCCAAAUGCAAUUUACUAGUAAGUAAACACUGUCAUUUUUUCCUGGAUGAUUAUAAAAACAAUUCUGUAAAUCUGU